GGCUGCAGGAAAGUUUAUAAAAUGGAAUCCGCUUGUAUUCGCUUCACUUAAACUAUGAACAAAGUGUAGUAGUCGGCCGAGAACCAGCUUAGAAAGUUUAUCGACACAGGCAAGCAGUUGAAACCCCAUAAAUCUAGAACUAACAUGGCAUACCAGACUAGAAAGAGACAAGUUAAAAAUAACCAUGAUGACAUAUACAGUUCAGGUUCUGAAACAGAAAGUUCAGAGUCAACAUCUCUUACUCUGAAGAAGAAGAAGAAGAAAAGUAGUCUAUUUAAUGCAGAACAACGAGAAUAUAGGAAAAAGAUAAAAUCAAGGAAAACUGAAGUGGAUUUAAUGAGAGAGAGGGAACUUAAUAGGAUAAGGCAAAGACGGUACAGAGAGAAAAAGAAACUAGAUGGCACACUAGAAAAAAAAAGAUCUACAAGAACUAUAGAUGAACAUAAUCAUCAAAGAAAGAAAUGGAGAGAGGACAAAAAAAAAUAUCUAAGCAAAUUACCCGCAGAAAAGAAAGAAGCAAUUAAUGAAGAACGCCGCAAAAGCUAUGCUCAAAAGAAAAUAGAACAAGGAGCCAUACCUCGAACAGCAAGUUUGUAUGGAAAACCAGUAGUACUACCCAAUUCGCCAGUGGAAUAUGCUACCACCAUAUCUGAGCUUAUUUCUAAUGUUUCACCUAUAAAACGAGAAGCUUUAGAGGAUGUAGGUAUCCUAAUGCCUUCACCCGAAAAACUACAAAGGAUUGAAAGAAAUGAAGAAAUAUCUAGAAUUUUAGAAAAACAAAUUAACCAUCUAUGUGUAUCAAAUGCUGAACAGCAACAAGAAUAUAGGAAAAAGAUAAAAUCAAGGAAAACUGAAGUGGAUUUAAUGAGAGAGAGGGAACUUAAUAGGAUAAGGCAAAGACGGUACAGAGAGAAAAAGAAAAAAGAUGGUACACUCGAAAGUUUACAAAAAAGUAGAUUAUCUAAAAUGUCUAAAGACCAACACAAAUUAAGAGUAAGAGUUAUAGGAAGUGGUAAUAGGUGUACCAGAAUAUUAAGAAAAAGGAAAAACAAUCUUGGAAAUAGAAAAAAGUCUUUGGGAAGAACUUUCAAUAUGAGAUAUAAAACCUGGAAUAAGUACGCCAAUACAGAUAAUGAGGGAAAACAAAGAUCUGAUGCCCUUACCAAAGAGGAGAUAGAUGACAGUCACAACACAUAUUUAGAAGAAGCAACUCCAUUGAGUCAGACAGAAACUGUUGAUAACCAUGGACAUCAAAAGCCUCUUCCAUUACCUUCCCCCAGACUGGUGCAGAGUGAGGAGUCAGUUGAACUUAGUUCUAGUGGAGAGCUGACAGACCAUCAUCAAGUUAACAGUCCCAGGAGAAGUACCGAUUCCAGGGACAGUCCGAGGAGUAGUACCGAUUACAGGGACUUGCUCAGUGAGCCUCUUCCAUUACCUUCCCCCAGACUGAGGCAGAGUGAGGAGUCAGUUGAACCUAGUUCUAGUGGAGAGCUGACAGACCAUCAUCAAGUUAACAGUCCCAGGAGAAGUACCGAUUCCAGGGACAGUCCGAGGAGUAGUACCGAUUCCAGGGACUUGCUCAGUGAGGCCAUGGAGGAGGAGUUUUUUCUUGAUGAUGUAGAGGAUGAGGAUAUAGAUGAGGAAGAUUUGGUGCUGGGAGAUGAGGAUGAUGUCACUAUGGUUACAAAACCACAGCUAAAUGAUGAACAAAAUUAUGUCUGCAGUACCGAUACCAAACCUACUCAGAGAAUAACAAAAAUGGCUUUGCGAGUCUUUUUUCAGUUUGUUUGCAACCAUGGGAUUGAAUUGGACAUAAAAACAGCAAGCAAAAAAGAAUUGGCUCAGGUUUUGCAACUGUUUUUCCUAGAAGUCAGAAAAAUUGAUGGGCAGAUGUACAAAAGAAAUGCUUUUAGUGCUAUUAAAUUUGGAUUGAAUCGUGGUUUUAAGAAAAUGCGUGAAGAUUUCAAUUUUAAUGAUGUAGAAUUCUUUCCUGCUGUUAAAGCUUUCAAACAAGCUCUGAAUGAAUUAAAAAUCAAUGGAAAAACUGUUGACUCCAUUGAAAGACUUAGUACUCCUGAUAUGGGGAAAUUGUACAGUGGUAACGGACUAGAUAUACAUCGGCCCAUCACCUUACAAUGGAAAGUUUUCUUUGAUGUCCUCUUCUUUUUGCUCUGUGCCAAAGGUCGAGAUAUCUUACGCAUGUUGAAACCCUCUCAUAUUCGCAUCAAGUUCAACCAAAAUGGAAGGAAGUAUGUACAAAUUGUUAUAAAUGAUAAGGAAAGUAAUUCUACUGGUCAGCAAGGUCAAGAUACAUCAGAACCAGCGGUCAAAAUGGAUGACCGUCAAGGUGCAGGCUGUAUGUUUGAGAUACCUGGUCAUCCUAAAUGUCCAGUAACAUCUCUUGAAAAGUACUUGUCUAAGUUGCCAUCAAACUGUAACUUUCUUUUUGCCCAACAUGGUGACCGUACAAAGUAUACUAAUGAUAAAGACUAUCAACUAAUGACCUGCUGGUAUCAUAACGCACCUGUCGGUAAAAACACCCUCGGUGUUAUGAUGAGGGAAAUAUCUAAACAUGCUGGACUUUCAAAGAUAUAUUCAAACUUCUCUGUCCAUGCCACAGGCUGUGCAGUUCUGAACUAUAAAGGUUAUGAUAUAAAAGCUUUCUUAGACGUUAGUAAAGGUUACGGCAGACAGUUUUCUAUGUUCAAUGACCUGGAUGUUCGAGAGAAAAUAUCUGAUAUACUGAUGGAAACUUUGAUUCCAAAUUGUACAAACAUACACGGAAGUGGACUAACUACAAUAAGACUAGGAAAUCCCUUUGUACCUGUGGUAAUACCAUCUCAGCAAGCACCACAAACUAUAGCCUUUGUUUCUAGGACUCCUCAAGUUAUAAUCCGUCCUUUGAUGUCCACUGCACCACCUACAAUACAGAAUAGACCACAAACAGUAUGUAUUCAGCCAAGAACAUCAGGUCUUAGUCAAGUGAUGCCACAAGUGAUGCCACUGGUCCAGACAUUUCAACAAAAUAUUGUUCCUCAAGGUCUGAUUCAAAUGCAGGUUCAGAAUCCACCAGAUAGACAAGUUUUAACAAACCCACAACCAUUACAGCAAAUUGUGAUUAAACAAGAACCUGUAGAUCCAGAUAGUCAACCCACUGAGUCCAGUCCAUCAACAAGUCACAUGACUUCUACAAGUACGACCUGUAUACCAGCCUGUCCUCCAAUGGAACCAAGAACAGUAUUGACCUCUGACAAUUUUACAGGGGUGGUAACUCCGUCUUAUUUUUGUCAAACAGAUGAUUCUUCAACUAAUAAAUCAACUGUUUCCAAAGAAGAUCAGUCUUUGAUAGAGCUAAGACAGGAAGUAACAAAUUUACAAAACCAGCUCAAGCAGCAGGACACAUUACGCCAUGACUCUUCAGUCAAGUUAAAUAAUUUAAAAGUACACUCUGGUGAAUACAAAAGACUUCUACAAAACUCUAAAAUCCUUCAGCAGCAUCUGACUUCUAGUCAGGAAAAGAAUGUAGAACUCAAAAAUACAAUUGCCAAAUUAAAACAGGAUAAAGAAUGUGUGAUUGAUACUAAUAUCUCCACCUCUUUUGAGAAUUUGUGUUUGAAUAGGCCAGUUUUCAUGCAUUACACAGGGUUCAAUCCAGUUGAGUUUCAAAUAUUGUUUACAUUUUUGAUUCCAGACAUCACACAUGUUCCAUACAGAGGAGCAGGACACAGUUUGUCAACCAGGUCACAACUUUUGUUGACAUUGUUUAAAUUAAGACAUAACUUCACCUUCAUAGACUUAGGACAUCGUUUUUGUGUGUCUAAAAUCAAAGCUAAGAAUAUAUUCUGUGCCUGGUUAUAUCAGAUAUCAGAUAGAUUUCAGGAGGUGUAUACAUGGCCACAUCGUGAAACCCUCAAAGCUCAAGUUCCAAGACACUUUCAACAAAACUUCCCAAGCACCUUUGUUUUGCUUAAAAGAAUAAAAAUCAAAGUUUUCCAGGAAAGGAACAGGGCAAAUUGUAGCAGCUUGCCAAGAGACCAGGCUUCUCAGAAAUCGGAGAAAGCACGACAUGGUAUCUUGGCCGUUGAUCCACGUGGUUCAGUCAUUGGAUGUUCCCAAUUGGUGGCGGGAAAUUUGUCUGAUUCAGAUCUAUUUGAAAAUUGUGGACUUAAGAGACAAUUAGUUACCCUUAUGAACAAUGGCAAGCUAGAUAAUGGGGAUGGAAUAUUGUGUGAGGGUUUAGACAUAGAAAAAGACCUAAAUGAUAUAGGACUUAAGCUAAACAAUGUAGCAUUUAUGAAAUGUGAUAUUUCUGAUCAACUGAAAACUAUGCUUCAGAAGCAACAUGUUCAGAACCACAAAAUAUUGGUGGACAAAGCUGUAAAUCGGUUAAAAAAGUUCAGAAUUAUUUCUCAGACUGUGUCAUCUACUUUAUCAGCAUCGUGUGACAAAAUCUUUCAAGUUACAGCAUUUCUUACAAACUUCCAGCCACCUUUGACCUUUGACCUUUGAUGUCACAUCUGACACUUAAAAUUAAAAGUAUUUAAGGAUGUACUGAUGUUGAGGUUUUGGAAUUCGUGUCAAAUUUUCAGACUCCUUGGUGUUUUUCCAUACAAAAAAAAUGCAAAUUGAAAGGUAAAAUAUUUUGCCCGAUAACACCCAUUUA